AUGCAGGCAUUACGGGUCGUUUCAUCGCUAGCUGUUCCGUACGUUAUUUAACGUUUAUCUUUUCUCCCCUUAUAUCUUCGUUUAACUUCAUACGUACAUUUCGAAACGUUAUGACAGUUUACUUUUUCCGAUUUCCCUUUGAGAGGCAGGAUCCAGUGUGGUGCAUUAGAGUGGAUUCAGUCUCUUUAUCAGUGAAAUCCACCUUUUGAACUUCAGACGAGAUCACUGUUUGCGUAAUGUUUCCUCAUGCUGCAGUGGGCGCCUAAUGUAGUAUACUUUGUCUGGUUCGUCUCCCGUCGCAUCGUUGCCGUCCCUUAUCUUGCCCUAUGCGACGACGUUGGAGCUUGACCAAAUGUUCUACCCUUUGCUUUGUUAUUUUACUUGCAGUAAAUCCCAUUGAAUCGUCAGGCUACGAAUUCAUGCUAUAUCCAUACCCUGCCUUUUAGAUCAAGGUACCUUUCUCCCUUCCGUAUUCUUUUUACACAAACGUGGAUGUUAUUUUGGGAUUACUUUGAGACGUAGUACCCAAAGAUACCCCGAGCUUGAUACGUUUUUUUGUGGUGGGCUUCCCAGAUAGUGUUCUGCCUUGCAAAUUCAGUUAUAGUAUGUUUAGCUUGAUUUUCUAUGUAAUGCUGCUAACGGACUUGUUAGUUCCCAACAGGUCCGAGAAUCCGCAAAUAAAGGGAUGAUCUGACAACCGGCUGGUGGACAUUUAGUUGGUUUAUAGGGAGCAAUAUUGACAACGAACGGUGAUGCCAGAGAAUUAGAUGUGAGACAGUGCAUCGUCCAUAGAAUUCAUCAGCGUGGUGACAGUUCCUUAGAACUAAUAAAUCACUCGGACUUUGCCUUAAAAGUGAGCAUCUGGAUGGCGUUACCACUAGGAAGAAUCUCGUUUAUACCCUUUUCCUCUGGACUACACGAACAUUUGUGUGUUAUCCCCUGGACUUGGGACCCAGUCGAGUGAACGUUAUUUCCGAUCAAAAGGGGGCAAGCGGCCGAGAUUUCAGUCAUCCACACUGACUUAAAAUAUUCAAAACGUAUUACUGCAAUUUCCUUCUCUAACGGAAACCUAAGAGUCAGUUUAUCUUCAGAGGUCCGUGCGGGUCGUUUUAAAUAUAACUGCGCCAUGGCUGGUACUGUCUGCCAGUUCUACUGCCUACUCAGUCUGUGGCCUAUGUCUGAAGUGCACUUACCACCAAAAAUACGUUUUAUGUUCCAGCCAGCUUUUUGUUUUUAUUAUGUUCAAUACCGUUUUUGUCACACCACACCCACCUGACGUUCUUCUUAUUCAUCAUAUCGCUUGGCACUCUGCUUUCUUUGGCAUUCUAUGGUGACAUACUUUCUGGCAAAUAGGUUCCGGGGUUCUGUUGGAUUUCUAGGAGUUGAACUGCUAGUUUUUAUUUGUGUCUAUUGCGAAUACAUGUCAAGCCUUUUCAGUAUGUUAACGGUUUUCCUCGUCGGAUGUUGAUUUACGUCUUUAUUACAAAUGCACAAUUUGACUAAAUGGGCUAUGCAUUACCUUUCUCGGUCAUGACUCCAUCGGCGAGGAGUAAAGUUGGUCCUAAUAAAGCAAAUAAGGGACAACGGUAGGACCUUACGACAAACUGUCGAAGUUCGCAUUUCAUGCAAUACCGUUCCCUACCGUCUCGUUUAAAUGACUCCACACUCUCACUGCCUUAAUGUAGAGAUACGACGUUUACACCACGGUAACUCCCAUUCUCCAAGUUUCAUACUUCCUUUCCAAGUUUUUUUUGACUGAAUAACAACAUAUCCAAGUCAACAUUUUUUAAUGCAUAGAAUCCAAGCUCGGGGGAUGGCUACAUUAAAGGAUGUUGCAGUCCAGUUGAAGUCUAUCAAAAACAUUCAGAAGAUUACAGCCUCAAUGAAAAUGGUUGCCUCAGCUAAGUUCGCUAGAGCCGAUCGUGAACUACGACGAGCCAUCCCGUACGGCUCUGGAGCGGCCGGUAUUACUUUUACGUCCCGAAAGUCUACUAUUUCUUAGCUUUUUACGAAAAGGCUGGGCUGACGAAACAAGAGGAUCAGGCGCCACCACAAGGACACCUCAUUAUUGCGAUUACAUCUGAUCGAGGUUUAUGUGGUGCUGCCAACAGCACUAUCGGCAAGGUAAGUGGGACAUAUUAUCAAUCUGUCAUCCCCUCAGGCCAUCCGCGAAGUCAUAGCUAACGAGCCCGUAAAAGGCAGCACUAAAUUGGUGCUAAUCGGUGACAAAGUGCGUCUUAUGCUUGCCCGACAGCACUCCGAUCGUUUUUUGCUGAGCUUCACCGAUGUGGGCAAGAAACCCCCCUCCUUUGAGGAUGCUUCCAUAAUUGCACAGGCCCUGAUCGACAGCGGCUUCGAAUUUGACAAGGCUUCUCUCUUCUACAAUAAGUUCAAGUCCGUCGUUGCCUACACAACCACCAUCCAGCCGAUUUUCGGUCUAGAAAAGAUUCAACAGUCCGCAUCCCUCGCUGUCUACGACUCCGUAGACGAUGAAGUACUAAAGAGCUACAAUGAAUUUCUCCUCUCGUCCCUUAUUUUCUAUGCUCUGAAGGAGGCUGCGGCCAGUGAACAAUCAGCCCGGAUGACAGCCAUGGAGUCCGCAACCAAGAACGCAGGUAGGCUCUAUAGUUUCCUUCUUUCACCACUCCCUCUCGUUUAGGUGAAAUGAUAGACAAACUGACCAUAACUUUCAACCGAACUCGCCAAGCCGUGAUCACAAAGGAGCUUAUCGAAAUAAUUUCGGGGGCUUCAGCUCUAUGA